AUGACGGAGUUCUAUGCCAUGACUUUUAAAGCCCUUGAACAUCCGUAUCUCGAAAUGGCAAGCGUGAACAGCCUAUACACUGUAUACGGGCAGGAAGCGCAGCUCUCUGCUGCGCCUAACCGGCAUGCUGCGUGGUAUCAUUUCUGCGUGACUGUGCUGAUCUACCUCCUGCCACUCCUGGUGAUAGGAUGUGCCUACACGGUGGUUGGCAUCACUCUGUGGGCUAGUGAGAUACCCGGCGAUUCUUCUGACCGCUACCACGAGCAAGUGUCUGCCAAGCGAAAGGUGGUGAAGAUGAUGAUCGUUGUGGUAUGCACGUUCGCUGUCUGCUGGCUGCCCUACCACAUCUACUUCCUCUUGCGUUUUUUUAAACCCGAUUGGUACCAGCAGAAGUUUAUCCAGCAGGUCUACUUAGCAGUCAUGUGGCUGGCCAUGAGCUCCACCAUGUAUAACCCAAUCAUCUACUGCUGCCUCAACGACAGAUUCCGCAUUGGCUUUAAGCACGCUUUCCGGUGGUGCCCUUUCAUUAAUGCUAGGGAAUACGAAGGGCUGGAAAUGAAGUCUGCCAGGUACCUCCAGACCCAGAGCAGCAUGUACAAGGUCAGCCGGAUGGAGACAACUGUAUCCUCCGUCACCGGCAACACUGAGGAAGACAUUGAAGAGAGCAACAAAAUUAAGCGCCUGUCCGUGGAUAUGACAUCCAAUGGCUCCUCCCGCAGUGACUCUAAAACCGUCUCCGAGAGCUUCAGCUUCUAUUCCAACACACUCUCCUAAGCUGCCAUCCAACUGAGCAAGGGUCAGAAAAUAUUGCAUAUACCUGCACCCUAGGUCUCUAUUAACCAUAUAUCCAGGUGUACUUGUAUUCACCUUUUCCUGAUGAAGAUGCUAUGCCUUGGUUGCGGCAGUGUGCCUGUCUGACCCAGUGUAAUUACAUCUCUUAAUAUCAAUAUCAUCUUCUCUCUCCAUGGUAUCUUGCAGUCGUUUGCUGGACUGAAGGCUUAACUGAUGCUGUUCACUGAAAGCAGAUAUUAAUUUAUGAUACAGCACUACAGAAAAAAGAUGGUAGGUAUCAGAACUUGGCCUUCAGUGCUGCUGUUCAUUCUCAAGCUAUGCUUUGCCAUUGAUUGUGUCUGAAUGCAAUAUAGAUUUCCACCGGGGGAUGGAGGGGUCCAUCUCCUUUCCCCACUAUUUUUGUUAUCAUAUCUCCUCCCUUACUUGCCAUUCACUUGUUGCUGAUUAACAAAAUGGAGAAAUGGUACCAAAAGAGGAAGAUAGAGCUGGUGAUUUAUGAAACAACCAAUACACCUCCACCAGCUUAGUAGGCAACGCUGCAGCAAAGGCUGCCUCUCUUGCACAUGGUAUGUUAAACACAGAGGAUUUCAGUUCCUUUUAGGUGAAGAAAAGAUUGAGCUCUUGAGGUUUAUUGCUACCAUGCCUCUCUUUUUAUUCUCCACUACUCAGCUAUACUGAGUAUAUGUCAAGGUAUACUCCUACUUCUCUCAAGGAUCCUAUCUGUAGUGUCGCCCAGCAGAGUUUACUGGAUUCAGGUUAAAGUUGACUAUGUGACCUGUUCAGCUUCUUUUGUUCUUACAGCUGAAAAGGUUCUUGCGCAACCCUUGAUUUCCUCUGGGUCUCCUAGACUCACUCUUUGCACGAUCCUAACCUCAUGAUGCAAAGACUUCAAGAUCUAGGACUGCAGAAUCAAGCCAGAACCUCAGGUGUUUGCUCUAGCUGGCUGGCUCUGGGGGUUUCAGAUACAUCUCAAUCCAUUGGCCUCGCUCUAAUUUCUUCACAAAGCUAAUUUGACACUCUAGAGCUUGGGAAUGCCUUUGUUUAAAGUUCUAUAUGGGGUUUGUGGCUUCUAUCACCAUUAUCUGGACAGUCCAAGAGACGCACAAUACCAAAUUCACUACUAUGUUCUUCUCUUUUUAACCCCCCCGCAACGCCCACCAAAUUAUUCUUAGUAUAUAAAGGGAAAUACAGUGAGAAACAAAAUGUCUGGGUUAGCCCUAAUUGUCAGGAAAUAAAUAUAGUUUGCAAACAGGCCCUAUACCGUCAGCAGUGCACCCCUCCCAGCCCCUCAAAACAUGCUUGGGUACUGCUCCUAUACAUGGCUUGGGUUUUCCUUGGAUGUUUCCCAGUUAAGAGCUAAACUGGCCUGACUAUGCUUCAUUUGGGACACUAGAGCAGUAGGAUCCUCAGAGAGUGCCAAGAGACAUCUGUCUCCAACAUAUGUAAUUGCGAUCAGACAGUACAGAUGACAAAAAACAUAUUUUGAAUGAAUGAAACUUCAUCAGUGUGCAUGUGGGGCUAUACCAGGGAUAACAAGAGAGGUAGCAGUAGAUAGUGCAUGUAGUCAGAUGUAGGUUUAACAAUGCCAGCAGAAAGUAAUUUUGUAAAUAAGCAUGGAAUUGGGGCUUAAGAGGAAAGAAUAUUAUGUAUCAUCUAAUACCAAUGUCUGAUGUAACUGAAAGCUAAAAGGAAUGUCUAACACAUUUACAAAAACAAAACCUACUAAAAAGGAAGUGAUAUACUUUUAUAGUGGAAGAUGCUUUCCAGUGCAUGCCUUGCAUUUCAACACCAUUACGGUAGAACCUCAGAGUUAUGAACUGACCAGUUAACCACACAUUUCAUUUGGAACUGAAAGUACGCAAUC